GCCCGGCUUGACCCUGAUUUGGCGCAGAUUCUUGAGAAUCUGUCAGAUUAAUUGGUCAUCGGAUAACAUUAUAAAGUUCUAAUCUGGCCGUAAACAAUCUUCAGUUCGUGUUUUGGCACAGAGUUUUGCCGAACGAAGAAUUCCGUCUUCUUUUGUUGGUUGCUGUUGAUUUUUUUUUGAGAAAAAAAAAGGUCAAAGGAAUAAUAGAAUAUAACUGGAAUUGCUGAUGAUUAUUAUGGAAUCAUGGUUUUUUGUUUUUGGCGUUUCGUUGAUAUUGACAUUAUCAGUUCAAGGAACACACGCAGCAGAUCAACCUAAUAUUGUUUUUAUUAUUGCUGAUGAUUUAGGUUGGAACGAUGUAGGUUUUCAUGGUAGCAACCAAAUACCGACGCCCAAUAUUGAUGCUCUGGCAUAUAAUGGUAUAAUACUAAACAGCCACUAUGUACAAUCAUACAGUACACCCACAAGGGCUGCUUUGCUAUCAGGAAUUUAUCCUAUGAAAUUAGGUAUGCAGGGUCCUAGUUUCUUAGCAGCUGAGAAGAAGGCAAUGCCUCCACACAAGCUUCUACCAGAGUAUUUUAAAGAAAUGGGAUAUGAAACGCAUUUAGUUGGAAAAUGGCAUUUGGGAUAUAGUAGAUGGAACGAAACACCCACGUUCAGAGGAUUUGAUCAUCAUUUUGGAUUUUAUAAUUCCUUCUGCAGUUAUUAUGAUUACCUGUCAACAUGGAGAUACAACGACCAUGACUAUACUGGUUUCGAACUGAGAAAAGACGGACAACCAGUUUUUGAAGAAACUGGCAAAUAUGCUACUGAUCUCUUUACAGAUCACACUGUAAACGUCAUCACAGAACACGAUACCACUAAAUCUCUUUUCCUUAUGCUGUCUCAUUUGGGAGUGCAUGCUGCAAAUAAGGGAAAGCCUUUGGAGGCUCCUCAGGAGACUAUCAAUAAUUUCAAGCAUGUUGUGGAUGCCAACAGAAGAACAUACGCAGCAAUGGUAGCAAAACUGGAUGAAAGCUUGGGAUCGAUAGUUGAGGCUUUGGAUCAAAAGAGCAUGCUGUCGAAUUCUAUAAUAGUUUUUAUUAGUGAUAAUGGAGCCCCAACAAUUGGUUCUUUUAAGAAUUGGGGUAGCAAUUUUCCAUUAAGAGGUCUAAAAGAUACCCUGUUCGAAGGUGGCGUGCGAUCAGUAGCCUUUAUUUGGAGUCCCCUUUUAGUUCAGACUUCUAGAGUUUCUACAGAUCUGAUGCACAUCACUGAUUGGUUUCCUACACUCUAUACUGCAGCUGGAGGUGAUAUAGAUGCAUUGGACCCUGAACUGGAUGGUAUAGAUGUUUGGUCUAGUUUAGUAUAUGAUUUGCCAUCUCCAAGAAAUGACAUACUUAUUAACAUUGACGAGAAAACAAGAAACGCAGGAUUGAGAUUCUACAAUUGGAAAUUAAUUGUAGGAACCAGUCAAAAUGGCACCUACAAUGACUACUAUGGUCAUAUAGUAAUGGAAAACAUCGAAGAUGUCCCAUAUAACACUUCAGCUAUCUAUGACAGUAUUGCUGGAAGAGUUAUUAGAAAAACCAAUUACAGCCCUUUAACAGAAGUAGAGUAUCAGAGUCUCAGAUACCAGGCAACUGUGAAAUGCACAGCAGUGAAAAAGAAUGAAUGCGAUCCUGCAACUGGGGCUGUUUGUUUGUACGACAUACCCAGCGAUCCAUGCGAAGAAAACGACUUAGCCAAAUUCUUCCCAAGCGUAGUAAGACGAAUGAAAAGAGCCUUAGUAGACUAUAGAAAAGGUCUAAUACCUCAAAUAGAAGGAGAAAUAGAUAUAGAAUCGGACGAUCCCAAGUUGUUCAAGUAUACAUGGUCACCAUGGUUGGAGUGCGCCGAUAGUUCGUGUCAGAUAGCUUAGAAUGUGCCUUACAUACAGGGUGAUUCAUUAUGAUUAAGAAAAAAAAUCAAUUCAACUUUUGUUGGUUAACAUUAGACGAAAAAUGGUAUAAUUUUCCAGAUACGGAGUGUGAGUUUUUUCCACGUUAUAAGCAAUUAGUGUGUUUUAUUUUUUUUUAAUAUUAAUGAAUCAUCCUUUACUAUUAUUUUAUGGUAUAUUGUGAUAUAAUAUUUAGUAAAUAAUAAGUAUUACAACAGUUAAAAAUAUUUUGUUUUCUUUAUGAAAAUGGGUAAUUUAAACUAUUUUUUUGGAUACGAUUUAUAUUCCUUUAAAUAGACUAUUAGUUAGUAAUUUUAUUAGUUCAAUGCUGUGAGUAAAAAUAUUAAAGAAUGAGCAUAACAAAACCUUAGAUCGAACGCGACGGUGAACUAAAAUGGCCGACAAUGUCAAUAAAUGUUGGUAGUUAUUAAAAUUGUCAUAAAAAUAUAUAAUUCUAGUAAAAAUAGAUUAAGUUAUAAUAAUUAUUUAUUACCCCAAACAUCCGCUACGCUACUGAAGCGGAUAAGUCAAAUUGACCUAUCUAAAUUCGUUGACAUCUAAUGUUGGACAAGUAGUAAAUAAAAGCAAAAUUGCAAGGAAAAAUAGAUAAUUAGUGAAUUCUAAGUCAAUUUCAUAAAUGAUCGAUUUACUACACGAGUUAUACAACGGAAAAUUGCUGACGUAGUGCCGGUGCCGGGACCGGCCAGUGCUUAGUGUGCAUAUGUUGCGAAUCUUCUUGUUUUCUAACAGACCAUUUUAGCUUCAGACAU